UCUUGGGCACUGCUAGCUCUUAUCCCCUUACUGCUCUGGUGAUUGUCUGGACCCCCCCUUUUGGGAAACCAUGGCCGAGCAGGCCUCGGGAUCCUCUCCGUCGUCCCAACAUGACGAGGUGCUCCAGCAGCGAGUGGCGGCUCUGGAGCAGGAGCGGGCCGAGUUCAUCAAACUCAAGCAGCAGCUGGAGGCCGAGUUCAACCAGAAGAGAGCCAAGUUUAAAGAGCUCUACCUGUCCAAGGAAGAGGAGCUAAAGAGGCAGAAGGCAGCGCUGGAGGGCGCCCAGACUGAGCUGAGCUCCAUCCAGGCCCAGCUGUCUCAGGCUCAGGCUGAGAUAGAGACCAUCAAAGCCGUGGCCACCGUGUCGGAAAACACCAAGCAGGAAGCCAUCGAUCAGGUCCGCAGCCAGUGGCAGGAGGAGGUGGCUUCGCUGCAGGCCAUCAUGAAAGACACAGUUUGUGAGUAUGAGGUCCAGUUCCACCAGCGUUUGGAGCAGGAGCGAGCCCAGUGGAACCAGUACCGCGAGGCAGUGGAGAGGGAACUGGGCGAGCUGAGACGCCGCCUCACCGAAGGCCAGGAGGAGGAGAACCUGGAGGACGAAAUGAAAAAAGCGCAGGAGGAUGCGGAGAAACUGCGUUCAGUGGUGAUGCCCAUGGAGAAGGAGAUUGCAGCGCUGAAAGCCAAACUGACAACAGCUGAGGACCGCGUGAGGGAACUGGAGGCCUCUAAGGUGAAGGAGCUCAAUCAUGUUCUUGAGGCGGAGAAGUCGUGUCGCACAGACCUGGAAAUGUACGUGGCCGUGUUGAACACUCAGAAGUCUGUCCUGCAGGAAGAUGCAGAGAAGCUGCGGAAAGAGCUUCAUGAAGUCUGUCACAAGCUGGAGUUGGAGCGGCAGCAGCACAAUCAGCUCAAACACACGUGGCAGAGAGCCAACGAUCAGUUCCUGGAGUCUCAGCGUCUCCUCAUGAGGGACAUGCAGAGGAUAGAGAGCGUGCUGUCAUCUGAGCAGCUCCGCCAGGUGGAGGAGAUGAAGAAGAAAGACCAGGAGGAGGAUGAAAAAGAGCGACUGAGCCAAGUGAAGGAGCUGCUCGAGGAGGACGGAGGAGACAACACGGAGCCUUUGGAGGACUUAUUCCUGGGGCUGAGCGUCGAGGAGCCGCAUGCCAACCACAGCGCCCAUGGCUCUAUGCACUCUUUAGACACUGAUGUGGUUGCGGGGGGCCCAAUGGACCCCUACAAGGAAAACCUGCGGAGAGUCCAGUCGACAGACAGCCUUGGAUCCUCGCUGUCUACUCAGCAGGGCCUCGGCGGCCAAAACCACAAAGCCAAGUCAGCCAGCCACUUGGACGAAUCGGACUUUGGGCCCUUAGUGGGGGCCGAUUGCGGGGCCACAGACAGUAGUUUCGGUGAGACUUCGUCCAUCAGCUCUAUAAAACUGACGGCGAGCCACUUCCUGCUGACUAAAGAUCAGGAGAAGGCCAUUAAAGCCAUGACACCUGAGCAGGAGGAGACGGCGUCGCUGCUGUCAAGCAUCUCUCACGCCCCCGACACCGCCUACUUACCGCCUGUUGGCUACCGACUCGUCAGCGACAGCGAGUGGAACCUGCUGCAGCAAGAGGUGUCAGCCCUCGUGCAGAGAGUCCAGGAGUCAGAAACGCUGCUCAGCACACUACAACAGGCCUUCAGUGAAGCCAAGAGGAACACACAGGAGCAGAUGGUGGUGCUGGUGCAGUCGAGGGAGCAGGUGGCAGACGAACUAAGCCGACUACAGAGAGACAACGACAGCCUACAGGGAAAACACAGGCUGCACGUGGAGCUGCAGCAACAAGAAGACUUCCAGAUGCCCAAUACUGUGCAAGAACUACAAGGUCUGGUGUUACUGUUUCGCGAGGACAUGGUGUCGGUACGGACGUCGGCUGAUCACAUGGAGGAGAAGCUGAAAGCUGAGAUCCUGUUUCUGAAGGAGCACAUCCAGGCAGAGCAGUGUCUGAAGGACAACCUGGAGGACACACUGCAGCUGGAGAUUGAGGGUUGUAAGGAGGAGAUAGACAUCUUGGAAGCGUCAUUCUCCAGUUUGAAGACAGAAAUGGAGCGAAUAAAAGCUGAGAAGGAGCAGCUGCAGAGAACUCUAGCAGAGAAGACUGAGACACUGGAAAGCAUCCAAGCCCUGAGGAUCAAGCUGGAGCAGCAGCUUAAAGAGCUCACCAUGGCAAAGAGUGCACUAGAGGGUCAGGUGUUCGAGGAGAAAGACAAAUCCCAGCGGCUGCAGACAGAGCUAGAUGUCAGCGAACAGGUUCAGAAGGACUUCGUCAAACUUUCUCAGACUCUUCAGGUACAGCUGGAGCGAAUACGACAGGCAGAGUCCUUGGAUCGAAUCAAAGUAAUCCUCAAUGACACCAACUUGACUGACAUCAACCAGCUUCCAGAGACAUGAUGAUGCCACUUGAAUGAAAACUGCCUUCACAGUUUCCUCCCCCCCACCCCCCUCCUCCUCUUUUCUCUAUCACUGGCCCAAUAACGUUAUUGACCCUCCCCAAGCCCCUCCUCCCCAUAACCACUGUGGAAGAGUUUGGAGGGACAAGGACAGAAAUGGCCUUUUUUGUGUACAUUUUAAGAGUCUUGGAACACACCGUGGAUAGAAUAAUGAAGAAGAACACUACUAAAAAAAAAGAAAAAAAAAGAAAUUGUAAAUAACUAAAUGUCUGUCUAUGGACGGAGGGAACGGAAGUCCACCUUCCUGUGGGUCUGUUUAUGUCUUGUUUCUACUGUAGAUAUGACUGUCUGUAUUAGCUCAACCAAAAAAAAAAGGUUUGUCAUCUUCUUUAAAGCACUUUCCAUCUGAAACAGGUAAACAGACAACAAUUUGGAUGCAUAAUUUUUUUCUCCUUCUGUUCCCAAAGUGGUUGAUAAUCGCUUCCUCGUUCCACUCCUUUGUUCUUUCCGUGUGUUUUGUGUUGGUUUUUUUUCUCUCCCACCCUCUCUGGCUAUUUUUCUGUGAUAUUUUCCACCUUGUUCUAGUCAUUUCACCUAGUUUCCACAUAUGACAAAGUCACGAUGAAGGAAAAUUCAUGGAAAAUACUUGCACAUAACUUACUGGGAUAUAAAAGAAAAAAGGAACAUAACACAAUGCAAGCAAUACCCUCCAUUUCUUUAAACAUCCUCCACUUUUUUUUCUGGCUUUGUUCUCGCUCUUAGCGUCUUUACAGAAGCCUUUUUUUUCUUUUAAAGCUGCUGAAAUACAGUGAAGAAACAUUAGUCAUGGUCAAAGUUGUUGGGGUUUUAUUUGUCUAUUUCCACACUUGACAAGGUUGUCAAGAAAUCCCUCGAAACACUAGUUAAUCCCAGUCCAUGUCGAGCAAAGAAUAUAAUUGAUUUUAAUACCUAGGUCUCGUCAUUCAACACUUUAUUCCUUUUAUUGAUAGCUUUUUUUGAAUUGACUUUUCUUAACAUGAUUCUCUCUUAAAGCUCUUAAAUUACAGUGGGCGGCUUUUAAAUUAUAACCUAUAAAGAGCACACUUUUGUAACACUGGACACAAGAUUUAUUGUUUUUUUGAGCGUUCACAGAGAGAUCAGAGGUCAGGGUCACAUGUAGGAGGUUUAAACCUGGCUCACCCGAUUGUAAAAAAAAAAAAAAAAAAAAAAGUAGCCUCUGUACCUGACUAGGCCAGAGUGACUUCUUUCCCAAAUUUUUUCCCCUGUCUUAUGCAAAAUUCAGCGGUUAUUAGAAGCUUUAGAAGGACUUUAGUGUGAAACGGUUCAUUCAUCACUACAAGAAACUCUGUCAAUUUUUAGGCUAACGAUGAAUUAAAUUUAAACUCGCGUUGUUUAACACUGUAGUAGCGGUUAGAAAUACUCCACCGAAUUUGCUUUGCAGUCCUUUUUAACAUUUUCAGACUCACAAUAAACAGUUUAAUUUAAAAAAUAAAAAUAAAAAAGGAUCAAAAUCAAUGCAGCAGAAUAGAGAUAUUGUCUUUUUUUUAUUUUUAUUCCACACAUCCUUCUUCCUUUAUGUGAAAAUCUUGCGCCUACAUCACCCACAAUGCUACGAGACGGAGAGCUCAGUCAUAGAUUCAGUAAUGUGUGUUAUGCUAAUAGUGGCUAAUGUAGCCUGGAGCUGCUACAGAGGUCUGGUAACCUCACUUCUUUAUAACUCCAAACCCCAAAAAGACUUUAUACUUUUUCUUUUUUUUUCUCCUCCAACAUUCAAUAAUCUCCAAUACCUGUAAACUGAUCCUCUUUAAAGGAUGUAAUUUGGUUAGCAAAAAUAAUGUAUUUGAUAUGUUGUGAGGAAUAACUAAAUGGUUAAACUGGAAAACUUUGCAACUUGUCUACGUUUUGGCUAAUUUACUGGAAGCCAUGAAAGACCAUUUUUUGGACAACUGACAUGCUAACUGACGGAGACAUUUUGAAGUAGUAGGGCUGCAACUAACAAUUAUUUUAAUUAUCGGUUAAUGUACCGAUUAUCUUAUCAACGCAAUGUUUACAUAAAUGUUAUGAAUGAAAAUGUGCAUUAUAAUUCCCCAAAAAUCCAAUAUUAUGUAUUAAAAACAUUUUUUGUAAUCAAUCAAAAGACUAAAACCAAAAAAAUAUUAAAUUUUCUAUCAGAAAAUCAUGAAAUCUAAGAAGGUACAAACAGCCAAUGGUUGUCAUUAUUGCUUGAAAAUUAAUAGUAGAGAAAUUGGAACUUGUGAUCUAGAAGACUGAAAAAUUAAUCAGACAAAAUACAAGAUGUUAAGAACCCUGCGUGAGUAGUUAUAUUUUUUGUCAUCACAUGUUUAAAUAAUUUAAAGCGCUUUUAUUUUGUAAUUUUACCUCUUACUUCCUCCUUGAACUGAUGUGAAAUUGUUGCCCACAAACGGCCGUUCGUUCUGUAGUCUUUGUCGCUAAGGUUGGUCCAUGGGUUGUUCACUUUAUCCACUGGCAAAAUUUCGGAUCCGAUUUCAACUUGAACACGUACAGAUGUGUUUAAGAAGUUGACAUUGUGAGUAAAGAACGAGAAUAAGAAGUGAAAUCCUACGAUUAUUGUAGGAGGAGGAAGUCUAAUGAGGGGCCGUCUUUUGGUCUUUAACCAAUCAGAACAGACUGGGCUCAUCAGACGCUGGUCUUUUAAAGAGACAGGAGCUGAAACGGCUUGUUUCAGACAGAGGCUAAACUGAGGGGCUGCAUAAAGGGCCAGUAUCUGAUAAAUAAGGAGUAUUUUGAAGUGUAAAACAUACAAAAAAUAUUCCAGGUGAGCCCCAGAUUAAAAAUAUAGACCUUGAAAUAUGCACGAAACAUCCCCUUUAACAAGAUGUACCUGCAGUUAAGGUCUUCUUUAAUAAAGGUGUGACUCAGCAAUUUAGAUGUUUGAAAACGCAAGGCUGCAAAUGUGGUUUCAUGGAUCAUAUGAGCUCAAAUAUUCCACGGAUGGAGGGCUUCUCUUUGCAUUGUGAUUUUAAAUAGUACACAAUAUACAUAUAUAUAUAUAUAUAUAUUAUUACAUACAUACAGCAGCAUUGUAUGUUUUAAAGACAUGUUGAUCACUGUUUUGUUUUUUUUGUUUUGACUUGCAUGUGUUGCGUUGUUUCCCUCUGUUGCAUAUGUCUAUACUGUAGAUAUCUUGAGUUGAUAUUUAUGAUAGAUUCAUGCAAUGUGUUAUGAGAUAAGUGUGUGGAUGUGUGGGCAAGCCAGCCUGAGUUGCACUGACAAGAAAACCUGUAUGUCUUUGGCUUGUGUGAUUGUGCGCUGAUCGGUUGUUGUUAAUGUGUUCGGCUACAGACUGAGAACUGGCGAACUUAAAGUAGAAAUUUUACAGACUGACCAUUACAGUCCUUUUACUGUGGAAUUCAGGACAUAACGUUCUCUAAAAAGCCUUAUUGCAUUGGCUUUGUGUGUUUUUAAUUUCAUGUACCUGUAAUGUAAAGGAUAGGUUCACAAUUUUUUUUAAAGUCUAAUGGCCACUAUGGACAAGAGGAGCAAAGCCAGUUUCAAUCGGGGCACCUGACUAUUAUAAGAAUAACUUAAAAAAAAAAAAAAAAAGUGAAUUUAUCCUUUAACGUCAGUCUAUUACAGUAACAAACCCUUUACUUAUGGCAUCACAGACAGUCACUAAUUUGUUGUUGUCAUGUCAUGAGAGUUGAUUUUUAUUGAAUAAUCUUAUCUACACACGUCUAACAUUACUGGAUUAUUUGCAAAAAUAAUUCAAUGUUAAAAUCCCCCAAAAAUUAGAGAUGAAUGAUCUGAAAGCUCACACUGUGUACUAACUUAUACUUGGUCUUUUCACAUAAAAAAAACAAAUUUUCCAUUAAUAAACUCACAACUCAAAAUGUUUGUGCAAUUGAAAUAUUAGUUGUAUUGAUUAUUUUUUUCGUCAAACAUUUGACUUGUUGGAAAUGUGCUUUUUAAAAAAUUUCUUAGCCCAGAAUAACUGAAUCACUACAGUUUUUACAGAAUUAUGAACUGAACUCUCACAACCUCAGAAUAUACAACAUGUUAAGCUGUAACCUGUCAGUCGUUGCAUCAUAAGCAUUGACAAUAAAUAGUGAAAAGAAUCGAUAAGAACUGGUAAUAUUGAUUGAUUCCUUUUUUGAGAUUUUUGUGGUUUUGCACUUUAAUUUAAUUAACAUAUUUGUUACCCCUUAGCUCUGACUCAGGAGUGAACAGUUUGAGCUUUCAGAGGCAGCUUUUAUACAUGAUGAAUCAAAGCAUUGUUAUAUUACAUGUUUUAUAUUUGACCUGUACUAGGGUUAGACCGAUAUUCACAGUUUGCUGACGGUGGUGACGUUGAGCAAAAAAAUCAAGCUGCUUUCAGUUUGAUGGAGUUUCUACCUUUUUAAGAACUUAUAAUAAUAAAUCAGUUAAAGGAGAAGUCAGACCAACAGUGUAAACCCUAAAAUAAUUGUGAGUUUCAGCCAAGAUGUAAAUGCUUGUUUUACCCUGACAUUAAUGACAUUUUGAGGGCUUGAAUACUCAUAAUUUUGGGUCAUUUGAUGCCACAAAAAUUGUCAGAUUUCAAUGUCAGCACUUGAGAAAUCCUAGAAACCCAUAUCGGUCGAAUCCUAGUGUAUGUUCUUGUGAAACCACUUGUUACAAAUUCAUACUGUCCUAAAAAACAAAACAAACAGUGAAAUGUUUACUGGAAAUGUAAUUUUAGAGAGGCAUGAGCAGCACGCUGAAUGAUGAAUACAAUGAAAUUCAAACAAUAUUUACUAUAAAGUUCUGCCCACUG